GUUUUAGCUACCUUUGUCUCUCGUCCCUGAGAUCAUCGAGCACAAGUUGCAUACAACGAAUAACAUCUGUAAUAUCCUUUUUUUUUUGUAUACCACCGUUCUUUUCCCUCCUUCCAGACCCUACGUACCUACCCCUCCCGCAUGCAGGCAGCGGCAGAGGAACCACACGAGGACCCCUACAUUACACUUACACAGCGUACCCGACCAAGACAAAGCUGCAGCUUCUUCAUCCCUCACGCUUGAUAAUUUUUUUUUUUUCACUCUCUCUCCGUUCGAUUUGUUCCAAUCGUUUACCAGACAUCCUCAGCUACACACCCACAUCGACGCCAAGUCAUAUUCCGUUCGUUUCUCUUUUAUUUCGAGUCGAAUAUAUCUCAGAAUUCCCCAAUCAUCCAGUCAAAGGGCAUUGAAUAUACAGAAUAUUGCUGCCCAAUUCUAGACCCGUGAUCAUCAUCCACCGUUGCAUUCUCAGAAAAGACGGCGGACUUCACAUACAGGUGAUGAUUCACCGCUCUCUGGAUCACCUACAGCCACAACCCAUCGGCAUCUCAACUUACAAGGCCGAGCUAGUACUGGACCCCUAAUUAUACUUGCAGUCUCAAGCAAACUCAACUCUCACCUAUAUCCCCACAUCCCAUACUAUCAUGCAGUCCCUGGAGAGGAUACAAAGUUCCGGGAGCUCGUACACUCACGACUCCCGGAGAGAUUCCUACAGCACCAGGACUAGGGAUUCAUUCGACAGCCGGAGCAGCAGACCAACAACGAUAGAGAGCUCUCCACAGCACUCAUAUGUCAGGAUGUCACCUAAACCCGUCAUAAAGGUUGUGACAGAGCAACCGCAAAGCCGAGUUGGUCGUCGCCCCAGCUGCUACCAUGAUGACCUCUCGCCAGGCACAACUACAUGUGCUCGGUCAUCCGUCGAGACUUAUGCAUCGAACAACUCGUCCCUGGAUGAUAUUUUGGACGAUGAAGAGGAAUGCGGCUUUUACAGCAGCAUCCCUCCUCUUCCCAUAUAUUGCCCCGAGAUCGUGGAGGAAGAUGUCCGCCCGGCGUCUCCCCAUGAGUUCUCUAAGCUCUUCCCUAGCAUGGACCGCCUUUCAAUUCGCCAUGAUAACUUUACAUCUGAUGGCAAUAUGAAUCUGCGCGUCGACACAACUGUUCUAUCUAGCGGCCGUCACCGCCGUCCUAGAACAGUCCAGUUAUUUCACCUUCGCAUGCAUGACUUGGCACGCAGGGACUUCUCCUUGCGCCGAUACUGCCGGGACUCGGGUCGCGAGGUCUGCAGUUCUAAGCGCAAGUAUUCUCCACCCUCAUCGCCAGCCAAAUCCCAUAAGAGCCCGGUAUCAUUCCCUCCAUCGCUCUGCUCCUCCCCGGUCACCCCCAGUGACAAAUCCAAGCCCACUUUCACUCGCUCCGUUACCAGUGCUAUCACCCGUUCUUUUUCAUCCGCCCGCCCCGAUUCCAGAUCCAAACGCACUCUGGAUCAGUCUAGCAUCGGUGGAAGCUUGAACUCGGUGUUUGACAGCUACGACGACAAUGGAAGCAGCGAAUUUGGGGUCAAUUCUCCCACGGCCGCCGCCGCCGCCGCAACCAAUACCAUCAAGCUAGAUUUCAGCAACUACGCACGUGUCGAGGUUGAGCGGAAGGGCAAAAGUGGUUCUGAUUCAAAGCGGUACGAGUUCGAGUGGUGGGGUAACAGUUAUAGCUGGAGGCGUGCCACAGACAAGGAUACGGGAAUAGUGUCUUUCCACCUGAUGCGCCACGGUCAAGGCGGUAGCAAGACGAGCAACAAGGGACAAGUCGAAGGCGCCAUCGCUCAUAUAGUGCCCGAGGCUCGCUCUCCCGUUCAAAUUGCCGCUGACGAGGAGGCUGGUGGCUGGAUCCCGCCAUGCCACUUCUGGAUCAACGACUGGAGUGUCAUUGAUGCGAAAACAGAUGUCGCAGACAUCAUCAUCGCAACUGGUCUCAUGGCUCUGGUGGAUGACUGCAUUAAACAACGCUGGCAGACGCCCAAGAUACACCGCAUCCCCUUGCCACUAACCUCGCGCACUUGGGAUCUGGAGUAUGUGGGCCCGAAGGCCUUCUUGCAGCGAGCAUUUUCGUUCAGGACACAGAACUCAACACCCAAGCCUGUGGACGAGACCACCACGAGAGCCGUGGCUGUAUAUGAGGACGACUAUGACUACGACGAAGACGACAACGAGCUUCGCCCAUACCGCGCCAACUACCACAGACAUCCUGUCGUCGUUUCCUGAGGCGCCGGGAUAGACACCGUUUAUGAAUAUCAUUUACCCUUUGUGAUUUUCAUCACCGCAUUAGUUAUUUCCUUUCUUUGCUUUUAUCUGUACUUGAGAUCCUUCGCGGCUAUUGUCUACAAUCUGUACUACAAAAUACUUAUAAUUCAUUGUACCUAUGCUUGCUUAAAUCUCUCUUUUGCCCUUUGUUACUUUGGUGCAUAGGCUGCGGGCAUUGUGCAUGGGAUCUGUGUGAUCAUGGGGACGGGUUGGGAACCGUGAUUUCUGAUAUUUUGGCAUGGUAUUAAGAGCAAAGGACAAUAAAGUGAAUGGCACACAUCUGGCCAUUAUUUUGCUGCAUGGCAAAACCCGUACCUAUCAAGACUUUGCAACUAUGUCCACUUCAAAGGUCUCGUAGCCA